AUUUGUUUACAAAAAUGAGUUCAAAAUUGAUUUAUAUUUUUGUAUUGAAUUUUAUUAAAUGUUUUCAUAUUUAAUGGAUUUUAAAUUGUAUUAAAUGUUUAGUCAAUAUAUGAUUGAAAUAAUAGUAUUUGUAAUGAAAUUGAAUUAAUUGUGAAAAUAAUGUGGAAAUGAGUGAAAAGGAAAACAAAUUGAGUUUAACUGAAGACCACUUCAGCCGCGAAGACACACACGAAGAGAAGACCGAAGAAUUGAUGUCAUCGACGGGUCAGUUGGAGUCGGCGAUCGCUAAACACAUUAAACUUCUUCGCAAUCUAACCGACGAAGAAGUGAAGAAGAAAAUAGUGAUAAAGAUAUGCGAAUUGCGGAUCAAAUUGAAUGAAUUGAAUGAUCUGAACGAACAGUUGUAUGUUUGCGGACAUAAACUCAUUGCCGAGAAUGAGACCAAAAGCAGUUCACAACUG